CCUGGGGUGGGGGCCGGCGAGAGGUGAAUGAACGCAGCUGGGGGCCGGUUGCGCGAUCCCAGCCCGCUCGCUGCUCCUCGCACCCGCUGCCAGACGCGCCUGCUCCAGCCCGGCCGGACCGGCCAGCCGGGGAAACUCCAGCAAGAUGGAGCAGACAUGUGAUGAUAUAGACGAAAUGUUCAGCAAUUUAUUGGGGGAAAUGGACCUGCUGACGCAGAGUUUAGGAGUGGAAACUGUUCAGCCUCCAUCCCCCAAAGAAUCUAAUAAAGAAUAUAACUUUACAGUUGGCUUUAAAGAUUUAAAUGAAUCAUUAAGUGCACUGGAGGACAAUGACUUGGAUGCUUUAAUGGCUGAUCUGGUAGCAGACCUAAGUGAAGUUGAACAGAAGACAAUACAAGCACAGAAAACUUCUUCUCACUGCCCACAAAGUGAAGUCACUCAGCCUUCAACAGGUGUUUGUGCUGCUGCUUCUUAUGAUUAUAAAUCAAAUGUCUCUGUUAUCACCACUGGACAUUUUGAGGAUGACUUGCCCCCUCCACCUCCAGAUCCUGCUUUCGACCUCCCACUACCACCACCUCCUCCUGAACCACUCACUCAGGAAGAACUAGAGACACAAGCAAAAGCCGACAAGAUUAAACUUGCAUUGGAAAAACUGAAGGAAGCGAAGGUUAAAAAGCUUGUUGUCAAGGUGCACAUGAAUGAUAACAGUACUAAGUCCCUGAUGGUGGAUGAACGGCAGGUGGCACGAGAUGUUUUAGACAACCUCUUUGAGAAAACCCACUGUGACUGCAAUGUGGAUUGGUGUCUGUAUGAAAUAUACCCAGAACUACAAAUUGAAAGGUUUUUUGAAGACCAUGAAAAUGUUAUCGAAAUCUUAUCAGACUGGACCCGGGACACUGAAAAUAAGGUUCUGUUUUUGGAAAAAAAUGAAAAAUAUGCUGUGUUCAAAAAUCCCCAGAAUUUCUACCUGGCAAACAAAGGAAAAAAUGAAGGCAAGGAAAUGAAUGAGAAAAACAAAGAGUUUCUACUGGAGGAAAGCUUCUGUGGGACGUCUGUCAUUGUGCCAGAACUUGAAGGGGCUCUUUAUUUGAAGGAAGAUGGGAAAAAGUCCUGGAAGAGGCGCUAUUUUCUUCUGCGAGCAUCUGGAAUUUAUUACGUCCCCAAGGGAAAGACCAAGACAUCCCGGGAUUUGGCUUGCUUCAUACAGUUCGAGAAUUUGAAUAUUUAUUAUGGUACUCAGUACAAACUGAAAUACAAGGCACCUACGGAUUACUGCUUUGUCUUAAAGCAUCCCCAGAUUCAAAAGGAGUCACAAUAUAUCAAGUAUUUAUGCUGUGAUGACCAGUGGACUCUACAGCAGUGGGUAACGGGAAUCAGAAUUGCCAAGUAUGGCAAGACACUGUAUGAUAACUACAAACGUGCAGUACAGAGGGCCAGUUUGGCCUCUGGAUGGGCAAACCUGGCGACUGUGAAACCAGCUGUCACUGCAGGAUCAUCCUUGACAGACGUAACAGGUACUGUUCAAGCAAAUGGACAGAUUCUCCAGAGCAUACCUCCUGCCAGCUUGGAGGCCCAGAAACACACUGAGAUGACAAAGGAUAAGAAACCAAAUGAUGUUAAUAGCUGCCGUUCAGUGCAGCCAACCAGCCAGCCGGAGACGUACCAGAAUAAACGUGCCUCAAUAAAGCCACCACCGCCUCAAAGGCGAUCUUCAGCUGUGAGCUCUACACCUCUUCAACCUGCCCAACCCAAACGCGGAAGCGCAGUUUUCACAUCAGAUCCAGUCACUUUUCCACCACCGCCAUCUGAAAUGGCAGAGGAUUUGCCACCCCCGCCACCUGACUUCUGUGAAGAUCCUCCAGAUUUUGUGCCUCCUCCACCACCCACCUGUAGCAGCAACAGUGAAGACCUGCUACCACCCCCUCCUCCACCUCCACCAGCCUCUGUCUCGAAUAAGCCACUACCUCUGACAAAGAAAGUUGGGCCACCUCCUCCAAAAAGGCAAGUGAACACUGAAUGGACAGAAGAACGAAAGUCAAUGGGGCUGCCUCCAUCUGGAGGUGGAAGUGGACAGCCAGAUCUCAUGUCUGAUCUGAUGAAAGCCCUACAGAAGAAAAGGGGCAACACAUCUUGAAGUUUAUGGGACAGACUGACUUUAAACCACAGCUCUCAUUGUGGGGGUGUCCUGUAAGGGUUGUGCUGGAACAGGAGUCCCUGGAGGAAUUCUGCCUGACCCAGAAUUCCCCCUGGGAGGUCCACAGAAGUGCAUGCUGGUGGUGAUAGCUCUACCACAACUUGAGAUGGGGUAGUAUGCACUCCCUCUUCACUGAGCCAGCACCCCUAGCUGAGGUGAGAGGUUGGGCCCAACCCCUUGUGCCUCACUCCACUCUGGAUGGCUAGGGUUGGUGGCAGAAGUACUAGCCUAGAUUAGUGCCUUCACUUGGUGAGUGAAGAUACAGCCUCUGUGGUGGGAUUAGAGCUGGUUGGAAAAGGCCAAUUAUUUUUCAUGGAAAUUUUUUUCAAAUUUUUCUAUAUUGACCAUUUUUUGUUUUCAAUUUCUGGAUUUUAAUCAAAAAUAUGGAAAAUUUCAACAACAAUUUUUUUCACCUAAAGUUUUCAGUUUGGUCAAAAAAAUUUCAAUUUUAUAAUUUGGACAAAAGUUUUUUUAAUUAAAAAUUUUCAACCAGCUGUCUAGGAUGCAAUGUGAAUAAGGCUUUUGGCAGCCCCUCAUUCGUACCCUUGCACACCUGUGCCUUGCCAUCAACAAUCUGCCACUUUGACAUUUACUGAAAUGGUUUAAAUUCAAAUGUCCCCAUAUAAAACUAAAAUUACUUUGCUCAGCAAUCACAGCAGUUGUCUAUAAACUUCAUUUAUCUGUUUAAUUUUAGACUAAAUCCUUUUAAGAUAACAAUUUUUUUUCCUUUGGUUAACAAUUUUUGUCUUAAACUAUAUCUAAAAAUAUUCAUGUAUAUGAAUUUGUCUCCUUCUACACGUCCUCAUUUAUGCUUCAUCGUAAUUCUCUCUUGGUCAUUUACGAUACAUUCAUUAUUAGUUCCCAAAUAAAAAUCUCUUCUAUUUUACGUCUGCACAAACAGUCUCAAAGUUAAUGAACAUGGAUCUUCACUGGCAUCUGGUAUCUGAUUCAACUUAAAAUAUUUUAAGACAUCAUCUUUGGUAUCUUGUGGGCUCUUCCUGUUUUCUUCUUCCCUCUCUUAUGAAGCUUAUCUUGUAAGACUCUAUAAUUAAUACGCUUUUGCAUUUUCAGUGUUUGAAAAACAGGAAAACAAAUUGAAGCCAAUUCAUUCUUAGUAUAGAAUCAAUAACUGGAAUUACACUAGGAAAGAUUUCGGUGCAUCAAAGAUCUGAACUAAUGAGGGCUACAAUGAUAUGAAUAUAUAACAAUUGAUCUCCUCCUGCCCAUAUAGAAAGGGGUAUUUGGCUACCUCCAUCUCAUGGUGCCAGACUCCCUGCGAUCACAUGGAGUGCUCUCCAGGUUUCGUGCUUGGGUGGUUGGCCAAGGAGAAGUCCACCAAUCCCACAAGGAGUCUGCAAGAUAGCCUGCUGUAUUAACUUUAUUGCAGAACCAGCUUCUAAAGGGGGAUUCCCCAGCCUGUGCCUGCCUCUGAAGUACCUGACAGAGUGUCAUUUUAUGGAGAGUAAUUAGGGAAGGAUGGAGAAUUAGCUGUGUGCACUCCUUUGGCAUAAAAACCCCUCUCAAAAAACACCACGCCUGUCUGAUUUUUAUAUCAAAUGUUUUUUAUUCUUUUAAAAACUAUUCCACUAUUAUCAAAAUAAUGCAUAAUACAGCAGGUCCCUGAAGUAGUUAAUAUUUUACAGUAAGUUGGUGCUUCUCUGAACACAUGAGGAAGACAAACUAUUACACAGCUUUUCUGGUGUCCACCGUUCUCAGAGCAAUGCUCAGACUAUUGUCCCAUUUCCUCAUCUCCUCGCUCAAUCUAUUAUAGCACAAGGAAUUUUUAAAUGCAACACACUUUACAUUUGUAAUUGUGCUUGCAAACAUUCAACAACUGAUGUUCUAAAAGUGAAAGGUGAACUUUCUUCAAAAUACAAAGGCAAACUUAAAGGAAAACUCCAGGGAUUAGUUAUAAUGCCGUGGGUGUUUAGCCAUUUGUUUACUAUAUGCAGGUAUGUUUAUAUCUUUACUGAGUUUAAGAACUUUAACUGUUUCAAAAUCUCUAUUUCAUGACCAGAGUUGAUGUUUUAGUGAUGUACCUAAUGAGGUACCAGAUUGAUGAUGUAAAGUAAGAAUGAAAGCAUCUGAUCUUCCAAGAAUAAACAUUAGAAAUGAGAAUUUUUUAAAAUGAGAACAUUUUUAAAAGAUUUUU